AAAAAGAUUUCAUUUGUCAUAAUUUCAUCAGUUCUUUUUUACAGCAGAGAUACAAAUAGGACUGUCAACCAUCGAAACGAAUCUCAGAUCCCUACGAUUUGAAAUAAAAAAACGUCAAAUUGAAAUUUCUAAAGUCUAUAAAAUUUAACCGUUUGAAAGUAUGGCCGAUAAUCAACUUCAGCAAUGCGAAUCAUGCACCUCAUCUUCAGCUGUUUUAGCCGAAAGAAGUACCUCAACUCUGGUGUAUUCAACUUUAGAUCAGCAGCACAAUACAAACCAUGGCACUCAACUCAACCUGAUUAAUUCUCGGCUGUUGGAAAUCGAUUUGAAAGUUAAUCACUUAGAAUACACCAUCCAAGAAGCAUUCCGAAAUUUAGACCGAACCGUCGAACAACUUAAGGAAUCGGUUGCCAAAUUGACGGAACACGAUUUUACUUUGGACGAACGAAAUGUUGUGAUCAAUGUAAAGUUAGGUGGAAAAGAAAUCAAUUUAACUAGACACCCUACUGUGGAACCUGGAUCGAACUAUUCGGAGUCUCGCACCGACUUGGCGAGUUCAUCAUCGGACUCGAAUGAAAGUAAGGAGCCGAAACGAAAUAGUUUUGGUAGUGUUCUUUCAAAAAUGAAACACCAGAUGAAAAACGCUUUCAGUGUUCCCUGUAUCUUGACUCCAAUCUUCGAAAUCUAUCCGGCCAAAAUGUUUUCCAAAACUGCGAAGAAAGAUCAGUAAGCUUUGAGUUUGGUUUGAUUUGGUUUGACAGCUUGAAAUCGUUUUCCCUUCUCAAGAGCAUAAAUUGUUGGUGCCCAAUAUGAAAUGUCGCUGCAAGAACUAUUUUUCAACAACACACAACAAAUGGAAUCCAGUGAGUCACUUCGAAGUGCUGAAGAACUCGAGCUCACCUCAUCGAUGGAAACGGUUCUGGACAAUUCGGACGGACUGAUCAAGUGCGAAUCGUUCGAACGGUGCCCGUUCAUUCAACAUCAAAUCAACAAUUUUGAACGGAGACUUGAAUCGUUGGAGGAAAAAUUGGAUCGGCUGGUUUUACAGCUUUCAGUGCCAUCGAACAAAAAGAUGAUGGAAACCGAUGAUGACGACAGUCAAAGAGUGUUAUUGAUCUUCGAGAAAUGACGACCGCUGAGUUUCUAAAAAAGCUGAGAGGUUGAAUUCUUAAAGCAUGAUAAUUUUUCUACAACGAUGUUUCUGGUUCCAGUGAAUAAAGCAGA